AUGAUCUCCAUAACAACGAUCAGGGCACGAAGCUGCCUUAAUCAUGGCGACUCAACCCGACAAAUCGAUCUGAAUCCAUGGGAUCUUCAAUAUCUAGUUCUCGGGUAUGCUCAAAAGGGACUUCUCUUUCACAGAUCCACCUCCUCAUCAUCUUCAAUACCCAGAGAAACAAUGAUCCAACACCUGAGGGACUCGCUUUCUUCCACCCUCGACUUAUUCCUGCCACUCGCCGGUCGUCUUCUUGUUGUCCCCCACGGCCGCGAGGAUGGCACAUCCUCUGUCUUCAUCACUUGUAACAACGCCGGAGUAAGCUUUGUUCAUGGCAUAGCAGACAACACUACAAUUGCCGACAUCCUCGAACCCACUUAUGUUCCCCGGAUUGUCUCCUCCUUCUUCCCACCACGUAAUAUCAAGAACUUUGAAGCAACUAGGGUCCCAUUAGUGGCCGUUCAAGUCACAGAGCUUGUGGAUGGCAUCUUCAUCGCUUGUUCCAUGAAUCAUUGUCUUGCUGAUGUGAAGCCAUACUGGAAUUUCUUAAACGCAUGGGCUCAGAUCUCUCGAAAUCGUCUAAAGCAGAGAGCCCCAAAUUCGAAGCUCGCUUCAUUUGAACGGUGGUUUCCUCAUGGUAAUAUUGAGCGUCCCAUAGCAAUCCCAUUCAGGAAAAUAUUGCAGCAUCAUCUUAAGGAGUCAACAGAUUCGAUUCAAUCACCUCCAUUUUCAAGGAGGAUCUUUCACUUCAAAAGGGAAAAAAUUGCUGAACUCAAGGCAAAAGCUAAUUCAGAGAUAGAGGAUGGUGCUAUCAGCAACAAAAUCUCGUCCUUGCAAGCUGUUCUUGGCCAUGUUUGGAGGUCUGUGAUCAAAAAUCAGAAUCUUAACACUGAAGAGGAAGUCACUUACAGAUUCCUCAUAUCUGCUAGAUCCAGAGUUUCCCACCCACCAAUCCUAGAUAACUAUUUCGGAAUCACAGUGCAAUUCAAUAAAGCGACGAUGAAAGUAAGGGAGCUAGUGGGAGAUGGGGGCCUUGGGAAGUUUGCUUGGCAGAUGAACAAGGCAAUCUCCUCAUGCACAGAAGAAAAGAUCAAGAGCGACUUUGAAGCUUGGGUACGAAAUCCAACAAUACGUACACCGCCAGGUGGUACAAUUGGGAAGUUUAUGAUAACUGCCAGCUCCCCGAGAACUAAUUUUUAUGACAUUGACUUCGGCUGGGGAAGGCCGGUGGCGGUUCGCGGCGGCUCAGCGAAUGCAAAGCAUUGGAAGCUGACGGUUGAUGCCGGAGCAGAAGAAGGUAGCUUUGACGUUGAACUAUGUGCUUCCCAUUACUAG